AUGGCGCCGCAAGUGUCGCUGGAGCUGGAGGAUAUCCCAUCCAUCCACUGCUCAGGGCGAGACAUUUCAAAGGAGCUGGAGGCGUUGCUGCGGAGUUUCGAAGAAAAGAGUGACUGGAAGCGUCGCUUGGGCGCCCUCAAGCGUCUUCAGGGCCUGGUCUUGGGUAGCAGUGAGGUGCUGCGACCCCUCCUCCCAAGAUGUCGAGAGGCUCUGCUGAAUCAGGUGCAAGACUUGCGAUCUGCACUGGUCCGGGAGGCGUGUGCCACGCUGCAACUCAUGGCCUGCACCUUUCGUGGUGACUUUGAGUUCUUUGCCGUUCCGGCGCUACCAGUCUUGUUAAAGAGCACUUCAGUGACGAUCUUGAUCAUUGCAGAGAGUUGCAACCAAUGUGCCACUGCUUUGGUGCGGGAGUGUCGCACCUCCCGACUGCUGCAGGUUCUGCUGGAUCACUGCCGCGUGAAGAAUGGCACCCAGCGUUGUCGCGCCAUGCAGCUUCUCCUGGUGUCCUUGCAGCAGUACAGCAGCUCCACGCUGGAACGGCACUGCAGCUCAAUCGAGAAGGUCCUCAAGGAAUCCUUGGAGGAUUCACAGCCAGGGGUGCGCACGGCGGCACGUCACUGCUUCUGGGCCUUCCAAGAGAAGUUCCAGGAGCGCGCCAAGCGCUUCAUGGCGUGUUUGGAUGCUGCCAAGCAGCGGCAGCUGCGGCUGCUGGCCUCGCUGGAAGCGGAGCAGACAGCUGCCCCUGUGCUUCUGGGGACGUCCUCACCAGUCGCGGAGCCUGCCCGCGAGGCCCGCGAGGCCCGCAGCCAUCGUCUCAGCGCCUGGUCCGCGGAGCUGCAGCUGCCGCCGCCGGCGCUGCCAGUGCCGACGCCUGGGAGCUGCUCCAGUCGCUCCACCGAGGAAGGUUCCGCAGAACAGGACCUGCAGACAUCUGGCGGCUCAGCGGAGGCUUCGCAAGGCACCCAGGAGCUUGAGCUCCUGGUCCGCGAGACCCGGGCGAAUUCUGCGCAGUCGGCGCCGACGGCGGAGCCGGAUCCUUUCGCCGCGGAGGAGACCUACGACAGCUCCUCUGAUGUGCCCUCGAUGGAGCCCGCGGAAGCGCUGCCAGCGGCUCGGUGGCCAUCGGUGCAGCAGAUGCGGGCUCUGACCUUGGAGCGGCAAGGUGAGCUGCUGCGUUCCAUGGGCUCCGAUCUUGGAGACGAGGAGACUUUGAAACGUCUGGAAAACUUUGCAGAGAUGAGGCUGCCGUCCCUGAAGGGACCAGUUCUCACGGAUUUGCUGCAGGAGUUGCUUCGAGCUUGUGGCAUGUGGCCACGGCCUACGAGAGCCGUGGCCAGCAUCGAGCAAGCAGCGCUGCGAAGCCUACGAGCGCUCUAUGUGGCGAAUGGUGAUGCUUUCCGUGCAGCCGCAGGAGAUUUGCAUCCACUGCCUUUCAACGCCUUGACCGCGCUGCUACCGGAGCUGUCUCCCGCGGCUGCCGCGACUGUGCAGGCGCCAGCACGACCUUCCAAGCCCAAACCAGCAAGCUGGGCGAACGAAGGGCAUCGCCUCCUGGUCGCGGCGUUGAAGGGCUUGACGUCUUCCAACCGUCAGGCCAAGGCAGCCUCUUUGGAAAGUUUGCAGGAGCUGAUGCAGCACCCGGAGUGCUGCGAGGACUUCGCGGAGGUCUUGGCAUCGAAACUCGUCCAAUGCCACGGGCAGAGCUCGGGGGAGCUGAAGCGGAAAAGCCUCCGUCUAUUGGAGCGCUUGCUGGCCGCCAUUUUGCCCCUGAGAGCUAUGGAGAUUUUGCUCCCCCUGGUGACAGAGGCAGAUUUGGCUCUCUCCUUGUUACCCUUGAGCCUAAGACGCUUGCCUCCGAGGCAAGCCUUGGACCAUUUGGUACUGAUCCUGCCGGCACUCAGCACCGCCCUGUCGUGCGAUGUGGCUGAGACUCGCACCUCGGAAAUUGGCAAGGCGGCGAUUCUGUGCCUGGUGGAGCUGUACCUCUCCGUGGGCGAGGAAGCUCUGGAGGUGUUUGGGAAGGAGCUGGCACCGAGUCAGUUGAAACUCGUGGUGAUGUAUGCGGAGCGACAACGCUCACCAUCAUCCAAUGGGAGUCCAAAGCUGAGCUCCGAGCAUAAAACAAAACUCGACUGA